AUGAAAUGGGUUAGCCUUAAAAGAUUCAACUUUGGUUUAUUAAACAGCAUCCACCUCUUCCUCUUUGAAAAAGCAUGUCCUAAGUGUGGAGUUUAUAUAUAAAAGAAUGGAGGAUGUAGUUAUAUGCAGUGUCAAGGUUGUAAGCAUGAGUUUUGCUGGCUGUGCAAGUCAAACUUUGCAGGACAUCAUCACUAAAAUGAUGAGAUUUUCAAUUUAUGUUUACUUAAGUUCUGGAUUGGAAGAGUUAUCAUCUUCUUUUUGAUGAUUUUCUUAGACUUCAAAAUUGGAUCAUAUAAUAAAAGAUUCUUAGAGAUCCAAGGGGUAAUCCUUAACGCUGUCUUAAUGAUCCUCUUUUUCAAUCUUCAGAUCUUAUCAAUGUAUUUUUAAGAAGGGAAAAUGAUAAAAUAAUACAUUUCUAAACUCAAUAGAUAAUUACCCAUGUAGUUUUGGUUUCCUAGACAAUAAAACAUAAGAUGCAAAUAAACAUUCAAGAAUAUAGCUGGUUUUCUCAAAAUUCUGCUGGUCUUUGCUAUAAGACUGAUCCUAAACUAUUUGCUUUUUACAGAAGAUGACAUAAAAUAUAUGCUGAUCUUGAUUUUAAUUGAGAUUGGAAUUCUUCUUAUUGUUAUUUCUGUCAUCUUAAUUAAGAAGUGCAUUGUAAGAUACUAAAAGCAAAGAAAAAUAGUUAGAGUAUUAAAAAUGAGAAGGAAUAAUGAAACUGAAUUACAAAGAAAAAUUAGACUACAGCAGGAAGAAGUUGACAAAAAAAUAGCCAAUAACAUAGCCUAUAAAGCAAAUAACAAUAACAUAGAUCUAAUAGCUGAAUAAUUAGAUUAGGCUCGAUUACUGUAUAUUAAAAAUUCGGAUACUGGACGCAAUACAGAUAUUGAAAUGAUUGAUAGAGACCAAGAUAAAGACAGAAGCAUUGUUCCUUAAGAAUCAAAUGAUUUAUCUUAUGAAGCUAAUCUGAAAAAAGUUGAGCUUGAGCAAAGAUAACAAGUAGAAAUAGACUGGGAAGUACCUGAAAAAUUAAACUAGGAACAAAAUCACUUUAUAAUUGAGAUAUAGUCAGAGUAACAAAAUUAUUACAAUCAAUCAUCCUUGAUAGAAGAAGAAAAGGGUAAUUUACCAGAUAUUUACUCCACCAAAGCAUCUUAAUAAAAUGAGUAGCAAUAAUAUUUGCUUGACAAUGGAUAGAAUAUUUUUGAUUAGGAUACUGUAAUAGAUAAAAUUGCAAUUAGAAAUAACAAAACGAAUAAAAAUUAUAACUAACUAAUUGAUGAAUUAGUGAUAGACCAAGAUAUUGAAUCAAAUUAAACAUAUAAAUGA